UCGCGCGCGCGCGUGUGUGUGUGUAUGUAUGUGUGUGGUCACAGAGUUGGUCAGCAGGGGAGGACUCUGGGAACCAGUACAGGUCGUUUCAGGGGUACAGGAGGUCGACCCUGUGAUCGGACGGGUCCAGAAGCCAGCUGGUCUGCCUGGUCAAGAAACCCUUCAACAGUGCACAGGCGUGACCCAGGUGACCAGGACGCUGCUAGUCAACAUGCUCCUCUUCCCCGACCUCCUCCUCGUCUUCACUCUUCUCCAGUUCCAGAGAACAUUCAGCAUCGUGUGGGACGGCUCACUCAGACAGGCGCUAAGCAACACUACCACGUCCUCUGCGCUUACCAAUAGCCAGGGUUCGGUACCCUUGGGUACCAAGCUACCGAACAAGCAGGGUAUGGUACCCUGGGGUACCACGCUACCCAACCAACAAGGUUCAGUACCCUGGGGAUCCAAGCUACCCAUCAGUCAGGGUAAUGUACCCUGGGGUACCAAGCUACCCAACAACAAGGAUAUAUUAUCACCAAAUACCAACCAAGAGUUGGCAUGCGGAUCGAGAGUGAUGGUGCGGCCUGGUGUCACCUACACCUUCACCACUCCUGGCUACCCUGCUCCAUACCCGCCCUUCACCUACUGCCGCUGGACCUUCAAUGGCGGGAGCAGCAGCCGGCGUGUACACCUCACCUGCUCCAACUUUGACCUGGAGGCGUCCUCCACGUGCUCCGGGGCGUCCUUCCUCGCUCUCCAAGAACCCGCCAGGAACAUUCAGUGGUUCUGUGGAAAUACAGGCCCGCAGAACGUGGUCUCAGAAAGUAGUUUGAUGAGCGUGCACUUCUGGAGUAGCUGGCGGAACACCAGUAGGAGAGGAUUUCAGUGCACCGUCAGUCUCAGGCUCGCCUCACAGUCUGUCGGAACCUGCCGAUGUGGGCGUGAAGGCUACAACACCCGCGUGGUGGGAGGGGUGGAGGCGGGCCUACACCAGUUCCCCUGGGCGGCCCAGGUGCGCAUCGCUACAGGCUUCUGCGGGGGAACCCUUAUCAACGAGCGCUUUGUUCUCACUGCCGCCCAUUGUGUCGACAGACUGGCCCUGGCAAGCGGAGCUCUGCCGGAGGUGGUGUUGGGGGAACACGACCGGAGUCGGCCGGACGAGACACCUUACACCCUGGUGGUGACAGCCAAGCGGGUCAUACCCCACGAGAACUACCGCCGCUCCAAGAGCCCCAAGGAUAACGACAUUGGUCUGAUAGAGCUGGCCACCGAUGUUGACCUGGGGGCUAGUCGCAACAUCGGCCCGGCCUGUCCCCCAGAUCCCAGCCUCCAGUAUGACGACAUCCGCGUCACUGUCAUCGGAUGGGGGUAUACGAACUUCCCGGGACACCAGGCUACAGUGCUGCAGAAGGUGGAGCUGGCGACGGUGCCUCUAGCACAGUGUAUGAAACAGUACCAGGCUGGAAUCAUCACAGACAACAUGAUCUGCGCCGCCGCCCCCGACAAGGACGCCUGCUUUGACGACAGCGGCGGAGCCCUGAUGACCAAGGUGGGGGAGCACUGGCAGGUGGUGGGCGUCGUCUCCUUCGGCCCCACCAGCUGCGCCAACCCCAACGUCUCCGGCGUCUAUACCAGAGUGGCCAAUUACGUCCCCUGGAUCCUCUCCAAGAUUGGCGAUGCAAGGACCUGUCCACCACCUUGACUCUUGUCCACCAUCCUGGCCAAUGUCCAUCACCCUGGCCAAUGUCCAUCACCCUGGCCAAUGUCCACCACCCUGGCCAAUGUCCACCACCCUGGCCAAUGUCCACCACCCUGGCCAAUGUCCACCACCCUGGCCAAUGUCCACCACCCUGGUCAAUGUCCACCACCCUGGUCA